AUAUAGAAGUCUGUGGUGCACCAGCAUCAGUUGUAUGUACAUAAAUUAGUCAAUUAGUCAUCACAAAAGAUCCCGAUUGUUGCCGUUAUGUAUCACACGGACUGGAUUAAAGUAUUUCAUGGUUGAUCGGCCAGAAACACAUUACUGUCUGGAAAUAAAAACACAAAGGAAUGUUGACGCAGGUUACGAAGGAUGUAAUAGUUUUCCGUUAGAUCGUGCAAUCCUUUUUUUUGUGGAAUGGUCAGCCUACUCCGAAACUCGAAUAGAUCCAGCAGCGGAGCAGUGUUCUUGGAUGCAUCUGUCAAUAUGGAUGAUGACGAAUACCUGACGCCUGUGUUCAAUCCUCAAGAAGAAGGGUACUUUCAUAAAUUGGAAACUGUUCCCAUUGCGUUGGUUCCUCUCAUACUUGGUCUUUGUUUAGAGAUCACAGGGAUUAUAUUUGUAUGCGUGUGGCUAGAAGAGCAAACUAAAUGCGAUACUUAUUUUAUAUAUUUGUAUCUUCAUUGCGCAUAUUGGUUGAUAAUUUUGAUAACGGAUCACUUGAUCAAAAAGAAACACCAUCAUUUACGCAUUUAUGGAUACCUGGAGUUUUAUCAGAUGACGUAUCGGCCUGUAAGGGCUCCCCUGUUCAUAGCCUCAUUGUGGGUUGUGUGUUAUCUAUUUUUGGCCAUUGUUCUGCAUCAUACGCAUAAAUUAAAUUACGAGGAAUACUGUCGAGCAUCGGAGUGGUUUACUCCAUUGAAUUAUAUUUUACUUUUAACAACGUUGGAGUUGCUGAUUAUAGUGCCAGUAUAUGCACACUAUAUUAGAAAAGUUUUAACGUUCAACCGUUUGCGUCCGAAACCGGACGUCAUACGAGAGGAAUGGUUGUCGUCUUUUACCUAUGUUAGUUACGCUGCCAGGCUGGGAAUAGAUUACCAUCGUACCGAUUCACACAUAGAGGAGUUGCUAGAGAAACAGGCAGAUUUCAUAAGAUACUUUACGGAUUUUUAUAAUACUUUCACAAGUAAAGUGGAGGUUACUCGUUAAUUGUGCGCAUCGAUAACAGAAACAGAAGAGAACAGCGAAUCAGAUGUAGCACUAUUUUAUGAACGAUGCAAUGAUUUAGAUCAAAAUAAUCUGUAUGUACAAAUCGUAAAUAGUAAGAAGGAAGUACGUUCGUUUAAUUCAUGCAAUCUUGGAGAGUUCGAUUUUAUACGGUUUACGUUCACUGCAUCUUCUGUGCGGUGUAUAUGAGAUUUUUCACAAUAUUCUAUAAUUUCUGUGAGAAAAAUGUACAUACGUAAGUGCAAUUCGAAUAAAAGAAAUAAUAUAUCAUCGUUAUUUUGUUGAUGCAACAAGUAGUCAAUACAAACUGUGAUAUUUUCGUGAA